AUGUGUGACAUCACACACACCUGGCACCAGCACGCGGGGCUCCUCAGAGGGUCACGCCACAGUGCUGGACCUUCAGUGGACAUGUGACAAUACAUGGAGGAGGUCGACAGGCGAGAAGGCCAACCUUUGGGAGCUGCCUCCUCCGCCCCCUCAACAUUGAGGGAGCCUGGCCCCUUGCCCAGAGAUUUCAAGGGGUCUGAAGACACCUCGGCCCCCUGGAGCUGGCCUGUUAGCUUCCUCCUCCUUCAUCUCAGUGUUGCCCUUGUAGAACUCAAGGAGGAGAACGCUGACAAAAGUAGAAUAAAUUGGCUCCAUCUGCCAUUGGCUCUGGCUCCAUCUACUGCUGAGGCUCCCUACUUUCUGCCUUACCCGUUUUCAGGGGCACCAGCUGCCAUUGGGAAGGGAGCUUGGCAAGGACCCUCCCUGCAGAGGUAGUCCAUCAGCACCACCUCAGAAUUUUCAGCUGAAAGAAGAACUCCAAAGUAUAUUUGAUCCAGACAAACUCAAACCUUUUCAAAUCCCACUGAUUUCAGAAUUAAAUGUGUUGCUAAAUCUCUUGCACUGGAAAAGAUGCGGAUCCAAAGGGCGUAAAUUAGGUAUACGAUGUAAAAUGUCCAGAGUGGGCCACUCUGCAGCUUCUGGUAGACUAAUUAAUGCAGCAUAUUAGAAAAAGCUGAGAGGUGUUUCUCUGGCUCAGAUUUGUGGAUCUCCAGGACAAAGGAUAUUUUAUUUUGUUUUGUUUUUUCAAAAAAAAUUAUUCAUUUUAUAACACAACUAAACAACACAAACAGAAAAACAAACAAUACAAACAAAUUCUUGUAUUACCCUUAUUUUUUCUAAACAUUGUUAGAUGAGCUUCCCCAAGUCCCCCAUCUGAUUUUCAUUUUACCUCAUCUUUAGCAGUUUACAUAUAUCCUAAUUUUUAACCAUUUUUUUAUCACGUUCACUUUUACCAUAAAAAUCUUCACAUUUUGUCACUUACAAAUAAUACUAUUUUAAAAUACGCUAUCUUCUACUUCUAACCCUACAGCCUCUAUCCACUUCCAAAGCUAUUCUAAGAUUUAACUAUUAACAUAUUUUUUUCAAAUAUUCUUUAAACUUGUUCCAAUCUUCUUCCACCAUCUUUUCUCUCUGGUCUCAGAGUCUCCCAGUCAGUUUGGCAAGUUCCAUAUAGUCCAUCAUCUUCAUCUGCCAUUUUUAUUUUAUUUUUAAAUCACAACAACCUGAUUUUUUUUAAUGAAGAUGCCAGGGAUUGAAUUUCCUAGACCUGGUGCCCUUGGCUUUCUUGCAGUAGCAAGGAGAAUGCCCCUUAUUCUCAGAGAUAAUCAAGAAACGAAAACUCAUUUUUGAGUGCAAUAAAGAAGUGUUCCGCAGGGGGGAGCAAAAGCAACGACUGUGCCCUAGCUAUUGACAGCUUUGGGUAGCCCUGCCUGAUUGGACAGAACCUAUGACAUCACGAAUGAUAAGCAACGCCGUUUUGUUUUGUGUUCCACUAGGCUCAGAAGAGACGUGCCCAACAGAUGCAACACACAUUUUGACGCAGUGGCUCAGAUUCGAGGAGAGGCUUUCUUUUUCAAAGGUGAGCAUGUGGCUCUUUUCCUUUAAAAAAAACAGCACGCUGCUUGGGUUUGCUUCCAGGCCACACUAGUUGGGGAAAGAUCAUAGCUGGUUCAAUGCUUGUCAUCUCCAGGCAGGUCUGGGAGAGGCCCCUUGUCUCAAACCCUGGAGAGCCACUGACAGUCAGUGUAAAAAAAAGGUAAGCUAAAGGACCCCUGGACAAUUAUGUCCAGUCAAAGGUGACUGUAGGGUUGAGGCGCUCAUCUUGCUUUCAGGCCGAGGGAGCCGGCAUUUGUCCACAGACAGCUUUCUGGGCUGAAGUGAAGAACAUGAGGCAGGAGUUGAUAAUGCAGGUGAGCUGCAAGCAAGCUGCCGGCCAGCUCUGUGGAGGCUCCUUUUAUUGACACAAUAUGCAAACCCAGGCAGAUACAUUUUGGGCUGUGACCUUUACACAUCUUCCAGUCCCAAGAUCGUGGGGUGGUACAAAGCUAUUUUGGCACCUGUUUCCACCAUGUCAUUUUCCCCUUGCACAGUGUAUGACGAAGGAGACAAAGGUCUCAGAGACAAAGGUCACAGACAGGACACCGCAGACUACUGAGACCGCAAUAGGUUACACAGAGGGCAAGAUUUUCAGACAGCUGUGGCUUUAUCUGUGAGGGGGAGUGUGCCCCGCACCCCAAGGUCACGCGUGCAGACAGCUGAGGCUGCCUGCGGGUGGGAAGUGUGCUCCACACCCAGCAAUCAUUCCUACACUGGGCCAUGUGGCCAGCAUGACCAAACUGCUUCUGGCACAACGGAACACCGUGCCAGAAGCCAGAGUGCAUGGAAAUGCCGUUUACCUUCCUGCCAGAGCAGUACCUAUUUAUCUACUUGCACUGGCGUGCUUUCAAACUGCUAGGUUGGCAGGAGCUGGGAGAAAGCAACGGGAGCUCACUCUGUCGUGGGGAUUCGAACCGCCAACCUUCCAAUCAGCAAGCCCAGGAGGCUCAGUGGUUUAGACCACAGCGCCACCCGUGUAGACAGCCCUGAAUCAAUGGUCUGACUUGGUAUGCAUAUAGGGGCAGGGCUGGUGUAAUGAUGGUGGCAACUUCUAGUGUGUGAGCCCUAAGCAAGGGUCACCUCUCUAGUCUCCGCCAGCUGCUGCCAUAAAUGAGCAAGGCAGAGGCAAGAGCUGCAGCAGCCACAGGAGCCCCAUGGCAGUACCAGCAAGCCCUGGCAAGGCCCUGAUGCUUGUUCUAGGAUAGAUGAGGCCCCUUCCAAUCCUUCCCUAAGGCUUCUGUCUCCCCAGCCUGAGACUCUGUUCAAGUCCCUAACACUCCAGCUAUGUGUGCCUUAAUGAUGCAACCCAUCUGGCAUCACACUCUGCAACAGCUGCUCGCAAGACGUGUCCGGGAGUGAAAAAAGGGAGAGAAGCAGAGAAGCUUGGGUACAGCCUCGUCUUCGGUUGCUCUCCCGCGAGAGCUCUUGUGCAGUCAAAAUUUGGAGAAUCUCCAAUGGUUCCUUGGCUAAGAUGCUUUCUGACUGCAAAAGCGUUUGUUCCAAGCCACCUCUGCUUUCAUUGUCGUCUUCUUUCUGAUGACGACGAUAUAUGAUUAUUAGGAGUAAUGUUUUUGAAUAAAAUAUUCUAUUUUUUAAGAAAAACAGCCACUACAAAAAUUCACCUGAUUAUAAUUCUACAAACACUAUCCAAAUGCUAAAUGCAAAUCAUGGAAAGGCAGUCAACGUCAUUCAAUGUAAGACAACCCAUUUGUUCUUUGUAACUUAUCAUGGUUCUUAAAAGAGAUUAACUGAGCCAAGUAUUCUAGAUCUUAUAUAUACUGUAUAUUAAUCUCUUCCUGCCCCAAUAACCUACAUGGAUGCAUUGUCUCCAGUGUACUAUCAUUCUAAUAGGAUACUAGCAAGCGUCACUUUUCUACUGACUUGCUGACAGCCUGACAUAACCCGUAUUAUAUUUGUACAUUUCGCCGCCUGAACCACCCCCCAGAAUAAUAAUAAUAAUAAUAAUAAUGUCAUCAUUAGCAACAACUGUAUCAUCAUAUUUAGUAUUUAUGGAGUGUUCAGAACAUUUCACGUUCAGUAUUACAGUAGUAGCCCUUUGUCAUGGCACUGACAGGCACGAAAUAUCCAGAGUGAGGAAUAUAAUCUUUAUUGUCAGGUUAGGGAAAGGCAUGUCCAUCAGUCCUAUGCCUCCCAACUUCUCCUAGAUGUGCAGCCAAUGAGGCAGUUGCCGCAACUAAAAGGCCUCACCCCUGACCUUGGCUUGCAACCUGCUUGUAAACUGCCUCUGCUCCUCCCUCUUCACUCCUCUUCUGGUCCUGGGAGACAGUGGGGCAGGAGAGGUGGGGUCAGGAGGAGGUGUGGAAGCCCUUGGCUCUAUAUCAGCCUGAGCUAUCUCUUUCUCCUUCUACACCUCUUCUUCAUUCUCCAGUCCUGCACCUUCUCCUGUCUCUGACUCUCGUCUCCCAGCUGUAACAGGCUCCUACGGAUCACCAAUCCCUUCUUCCAAGUCAGUCUCCAACCCCCACUUCUCCGGGUGCCCCACUCCUCAGCAUUCAGCCACCACCCAGUUCCUGACAUCCUUAGAGCAGCCAUGUGAAAUGGACAGCAGCACUAUUAGCCCCAUUUUGCAGAUGGAGAUGGUGAGGCCGGGAGUUUGCUGGCUCCUCUGGGAGGAGGAAUAAUAAAUGCCACCCACGUAAAUCAUACUUUGCAAGUGAUGAAAGGACAGGCCCAUGUCCCAUGCGUCUUGCACUCUAGAAAUUGACCCAAGGGAGGCAAUCAAAAAAAGGGCAAGGAUACCCAUCAAAAGAGUAUAAUAGUCUUCUUCUGGAGGUUGGCAGCUUUUUAACUAGUCAGCCGCCUACAGAGCUCCUCCUGCCCUUCUCUAUGUAGGAAAGAGCCUGAAACCUGGAUUAGGUUAUCCAGAAAAGAAACUGGGACCUUCUGCAUGCAGACCAUAUUCUCUCCCGCUAAGCUACACUUCCCCUGUGUUCCUGACAGCAUUUAUGACAAAUUAGCUUUGGAACACUUUGAACUUUGGGUGUUUAAUACCUUUUCAGAGGGGGAGGCUGGGGAGGAACGAUUGACCCGGCGAUAUUUCUCCCAGAAAUAUUGGGAAGCUGCCCUUUUUGUAGCAAAAGCUUCAUUAGGGAUGCAAAGAACAUCUCACGCUAAUUGCAUGCAUUUCCCAUAAACAUGCAAAGGGCACCCAAUUCGAAGGCUGAGGUUUUAAUUUUCCCGUCCUUUUAAAAAAAGAAAAAACCCCACCAUCUUCAAAGAAUUUGUAAUUGCUGCUAUCCAGACUGCAUUCCAAUGCAUUAUUCAUGCAUCGGCCCGUGUCAUAUAAAACAAAUAUGCAAAGUGGUGCAUAAUUACCAGCUGAUGAAAUAAAUCCUUACAACUGUAUUUUUAAAAAGAAAAAAAAUUGAACCGCCCUGCAGAUGUUGAAGAGCUUAGAGAGGGGGUUGUGUUGUGGGCUCCCCCCCCCCUUUUGCCUUCUGCACUAUUAGGCUAGGAUCCAAUUUUCUGAAAGACUACGUCACCACCUGUUUGAAUUGCAGAAGUCAGGAAGGAGCCAAGCCACCUUGAAUACAGACUUGCAAGGGCCGUCUUGAGUUAGCAAAGCAUUUCCCGCCUCCCAUGGGAUUUUUGCUGCAUGUGCAUCGUACAGGAGGUUACCCAUGUGAAUGCUAACAAAACCAUGAAGGCUGCUGGGGCUCUGACCACAAGUUCCACAAGCUUCCUUCAACCAGCUGUUGUUCAGAGGGCUGCAAAAAUAAAAAAUUGUCAAGGGAGAAAAAGAAAUGCCCCUGGGGAAGAAAGAGUUGCAUCUCUGAAAUAUACUCGGAGUCGAGUGUGGAUUUCAUGCUCUUUAUUCAGCUCCUAGUGGUGAGGAGGGAUGAAAGUUUCCCCAAAAUAUCUGCUUUAUAUACAUUAUUUAUACAAUGCGCUGCAUGUGAUUGGCUAAUUCCAGGAUUCUCCUGUAGGCCAAUCAGGUUGUGGAUUCACUUCCACCUGGAGCUGGAUUGGGUGGCUCCUGCAGACCAAUCAUACUGCUGCAUUGUUCUAGGACCAAUCAGACUGCUGCAUUCUGAAUCUUAUAGUUCUAGGACCAAUCAGACUGCUGCAUUUUGGAUCCUAUUGUUCUAGGACCAAUCAGACUGCUGCCUUUUGGAUCCUAUUCAACUCAGUACAUAACAAUCUCCUACUAACCAAUGCCUCUUCAUCCAGGCAAAUACUUCUGGAGACUGACUCGCAACAAACAUCUGGUCUCCCUCCAGCCAGCUCAGAUCCAUCGUUUCUGGCGAGGGCUGCCUCUGAACCUGGACAGUGUGGAUGCUGUUUAUGAGAGAACCCACGACCACAAGAUUGUGUUCUUCAAAGGUAAGAGAAAGCAUUUGACACAGUUGUAGGUGACCUUCUCUUUGGCAUUCCCAGAUUCUUUGUUCCCCCACUGUGUUUAAGCCUCUUUGAGCCUCAACUCUAAGCUUUAGAGUACAGAUUGCACAGCUGGAAGAAAAUUACUUGUCUCAAAUGACAAGCUUUGAUUUGAUUCCAGAUGAUCAGGCUGAACAUCACUCUAGUAGUCUCCUGGGCUUUCCCAGCUGCAUGUUGCUAAUGUCUUGUGGUGAGCUGUGUCUCACCUGGGUAAUUUUAGACUUUGGAAUGCAUGAUCUUGCAAGGAAGCCUCUUUUUAGAUCAGGGGUGGAGAACCUGUGGCAUUCCACACAUUCACAGCAUUCCAAAUCCCACUGGCCUAGCAAAUGGGAAGUGAUGAUGGGUGCUGGACUCCAGCAACAUCUCGAAGGCCAAAGGUUCCCCACUCUAACUUUAGAUGGUAAUGUUCACCACUUCAUUUACUCCAAAAUGCCCUCAAGUCCUGUCCUAAGAGCAUGACUGGGGGGCCAAUAGUGCUUGACAUGGAUUAAUGACAUCAUUGGCCUGCGCCGGGUGUUGUCACCACAUGCCUCCAGCCAACAUUUCACCAACUCCUUCUGACUCUGGAUGGGGCGAAAAUGUAAGUUUCACUUUCUUGUUUUUUUCCCAUCUUAGGUUCAGUUCUUCACAUGUCCAAAUCAAUUUGUGAUAUAUAUAUAUCCUGCUGCAAAUUCAUUAGUAUUUUACUGCAAAUUUAUUCUAAUACAAUUUUUCCUAAUCUACACAUUUUCGCAAAACAAUUUCCCCCCAGGAGCCAGUGUGGUGUAGUGGUUAAGAGAGGUAGUCUCGUAAUCUGGUGAACCGGGUUCGCUUCCCCAUUCCUCCACAUGCAGCUGCUGGGUGACCUUGGGCUAGUCACACUUCUUUGAAGUCUCUCAGCCCCACUCACCUCAGAGAGCGUUUGUUGUGGGUGAGGAAGGGAAAGAAGAAUGUUAGCCGCUUUGAGACUCCUACGGGUAGUGAUAAAGCGGGAUAUCAAAUCCAAACUCCUCUUCUUCUAGUGCAAUGCAGUUUUGUUUGCUAUUUUUAUUCAUAUAUGCAUUUUUGUGUGCACUUUACUCCAGUACAUAUAGUUUUUGUACACUUGUACACCUCACUUUUUAUGACAGGAGUGAGCCAAUCAGUAAAUCACACUGUUCAGGUUGGAGUUAACUCUUUAUUAGCAAGAACACCAUCUGCCCAGACUUGGUGGAGUGCCAGUCCUAAUGAGCACAACAGCUCAUCUCCAGUACGUCUUGCCCCAUGGAUCAGUUUCUGAGACUGAAAAUCCCCACCUUCCCACAGCCGUUUAACUCUCCUUCUCUCCAGGGCUUUUCUCCAGCAAUCAGAGACUGUACCUGCCUGAAGUCAAGCUUUCCUCCGCCUUUUUCAUGCCUCUUCUAGUUCCGGGAGAGCAGUGAGAAAGGGAGCUUAUCACAGCAGCUGGAGGAAACACCCAUUAUUCUUCACUAGUCUGACUCCUCUCUGCCUUUUGGGCUCCCUCCUCCGCUGCUUCAGCUUCUGCCUCCAAUUCUGGACUUCUUUCUGCCACAGACUCUCCCUGCUCACUAAACCCUGUUCCCUCUUCUGCUACCUCCUUCUCCCAGUCCUCUUCUGCCUCUGACCACUCAUCAUUGCCCCACCACCAAUCCCAGGACUCUGAACCUUCUUCCCUUGGGGAUUUCCCAGGUGGUUCCUCAUACCAUUCCUCUGCAUUCACCAGCCCAUGACACUUGGCUGUUGUUGUUUAGUCGUUUAGUCGUGUCCGACUCUUCGUGACCCCAUGGACCAGAGCACGCCAGGCACUCCUGUCUUCCACUGCCUCCCGCAGUUUAGUCAAACUCAUGCUGGUAGCCUCAAGAACACUGUCCAACCAUCUUGUCCUCUGUCGUCCCCUUCUCCUUGUGCCCUCCAUCUUUCCCAACAUCAGGAUCUUUUCCAGGGAGUCUUCUCUUCUCAUGAGGUGGCCAAAGUAUUGGAGUCUCAGCUUCAGGAUCUGUCCUUCCAGUAAGCACUCAGGGCUGAUUUCCUUCAGAAUGGAUAGGUUUGAUCUUCUUGCAGUCCAUAGGACUCUCAAGAGUCUCCUCCAGCACCAUAAUUCAAAAGCAUCAAUUCUUCGGCGAUCAGCCUUCUUUAUGGUCCAGCUCUCACUUCCACUUGGCUAGAGAACUGCAUUGCAAAAUUCAGAAAAGUGCAAGUUUCAAAGGACUGCUGCAUUUUGGUUCAUUUAGGAUUCACACAGGUGUUUACCUUUAAGUGCAAACUGAACCAGACUUCUCCUCCACCCCUCCUUCUGACCCAGACACCUUGUUCUGCCAGCAUCCGAGAAUGGCGGCUGGCAAUUACACGCAGGCUUGCCAAUGUGUGCUCCACUCCUAAGUGAACACACUCCCCGCAGUUCACUCACCUAGAAAGCCUCUGCGUAAAGUCACUGACACAAUAAGAAAUUGCAUCUUUGUCUUCUUCCCCUUGAAAUCAGAUGGCAUGGCAGGAGUUGACGGGGAGAGGGAUUAGUCCUCUUUAUUGGAAACACGACACAAACAUGGAAUUAUACAUGUGUCAAGGAUAUUGUUAGGAGAGCCUGGUGUUGGCUCGUCGACUGAGCAAUGCUGCCCUCCACUGGCUAAUCGGGAAAGGACAGCCACAGCCAGCAAGAACUGAAAGGCAAAACACACACAGCCUUGGGAAGUCUCCUUGGUGCCCAAACUUUCCCUUUCCCCCACACCUGACAAUACUGUAGUCUUAGCCCUAGUCUAUGAAGGUAAGAAGGAGGUGUUCUUUGCUAUCUACUGCAAUUAUUAAGUUUGCUGAUGACACCACCAUAAUGGGUUUAAUUACAGGCGGAGACGAAUCUGCAUACAGGGGGGAGGUUCAAAAGGUAUCCACAUGGUGCUCAGAGAACAAUCUGCACCUAAACAUUGGCAAGACAAUUGGUGUUGGGCUUUCGGAGGAAGAGAGGGGAGCUAGCCCCUUUGUAUAUCAGCGGGGGCCGUGUGGAGAGAGUCUCUUCCUUUAAAUUCCUGGGAGUCCAUCUUAGUGAAGAUCUUACUUGGAAGGUCAAGACAGCCCAGGUGGUUAGGAAGGCCCAACAGAGACUUCAUUUCCUUAGGGUCUUGCAAAAGAACAAUGUUAGACAGCAACUGAUGAUUUCCUUCUAUCGGUCCACGAUAGAAAGUGUUCUCUCAUACUAUAUUACUGUGUGGUACGCUGGUUUGACAGCCAUGGACAGAAAGUCCCUACAGAGGGUGGUGAAGACAGCACAUGAUAUCAUGGGCUGCCCCCUGAGUCCGCUAGAUGUUAUCGCAGGAGACCGUUGCCUCAGAAGAGCGAGGAACAUUCUCAGGGAUGACUCACACCCUGGCCAGCACCUUUUUAAUCUCCUGCCUGUAUAGAAGCAUGAUAAGCCGCACCAACAGGCUAAAGAACAGUUUCUACCAGUGGGCCAUGAGGCUGCUGAAUGGAAGACAGCAACAUUGCAGUUGAUGUUCUGGCUUGGUGGUCAUACAACCGCACACAGAGUGUAACAAGGACUGAGAGAUGGGAGGAGGGGGGGCUCGUUUAUUCUCAGUGACAGUGACAAUAAAGUAUUUCUACUUAUUUCUAUUUUAGAUUCACAACUCCAAAAUCUCCCGCUAAUAAUCUAAGUAAGAGCCUCAGCAUUUUAAUUUACAGCAGACCUUAAGUCCUCCAGACGUCUCCAAGUUGUCUAGGUAGACUCUGCUUACCUUACAGCAGGGCUAGAGAGUUGGACUCCAACUCCCAUCAGCCUCUGUCAGCAUGGCCCCUGGUCAGGGAGGAUGGGAGUUGUAUUCCAACAACAUUUGGAGGGCCAUGGGUUUCCCAUUUCCAUCUCAAUGCAUUUAUCUCAAAGGGUGGCCAUUAAGCGAGCUGGGAACAUUCUUCCAGUUAAUGGGCUUGUUUGGAACAAGCCCAGGCUUCCCUUGGCUGCAAGGCCAAGAUCGAAAAGCUUUGCUUCCGUUUCUGAGUUGCCACAGUUUGCCAUGUCAUUUGAAUCUGGACAAUAAACUAUGGUUGGUUAGUGAAAACAAGCCAAGCCAUUGUUUAUGAAGCUGGUAUUAAGGAUGUUUAAGAUUAACCACAGUUUAGGACAACGUGCUAAGUUGCAGCUAAUGGAUAACCAUAGCAGAAGCUUCCGAUCUCCUCCUUGUGGCUGCAGGAAACAGAGACGGAAAGUGGGAUCCUGUGGAGAGGCUAUACCAUGGUCUGGCAUUAUGCUCAAAUGCAGUUACUAUCUCUUAAUAUAUAAAUUCUAAAAUAUUGCUGUGGAAGAAGACACACUGUAGAAACUCAUUAGAGGACAUACGUUUAGUUCCUCCAACCUUCCCAAACCUAGCACCCCGUAGAUGCUGUUGGACUUCCAUCAGCCAUAGCCAGAAUGGCCAUUUGGUCAGAGAAGAUGGGCUUUGUAGUCCAGCAACAUCUAAAAGGCACCAAGUUGGGAAAAGCUGAGCUCAUUUUAUUUAACAAUUUUAUAUAUCACUUGCUUGUACAAAAAACCUUCAAGUGCUUAAAAAAAUUGUUUUAAUUAAAAUUGUCUUUGAAAGAGUUAGAAACAGGAAGUUAGGAAUUCAAAAUAUAAUUUAAAUAAAAAAUAACCAAAGACAGAUUAAAACAUCUAGGGAUAGGCUUGCCUGAAUAAAAUUGUUUUUAGCAGGUGUUAUAAAGUGUACACUGAAGGUGACUGCUUGAUGUCAAUUGGCAGGGGGUUCCAAAGAGUAGAUGCCUCCUUACAAGUGUGAAAUGGACAUUGUGUGGCACUUGUAGCAGUCCAGUUCUGCGGAUUGAUGCACCUGAGUAGGCAUAUAAGAGUAUGGUGAUGCUUCUAGUUUUACCAUACCGACAGCUUGAGUGAGUUAAAUUGAAAAGAUCAUUCACAGUUUUUGGAGCUCAAAGGCUUUAUUCAUGCAGGAACUAUCUGCACAAUGAGUGGCUGAGGAGAGAAAUAGCAUAGUUCUUCUCUGUAGAGAACAGCAAACGAAAAAGUUCAGCUUUUAGGGGUGAAGUUAACUUAGAGAGACUUACAAACAAGUGCUUGCUGGAUUGCUAGACAAACAGUACCCUCUUGUGGUUUAAACUCACAUAUGCAUUAACUAGAAACUCGUGAGAAGGGAACAUGUUUGCCUUCAUGCACCAGUAAGGAUGUCUUCCCCCUGGCCAAUAAAAACACACACAACACAUCCUCAUUAAAACAGACUCCUCAGCAAGUGGUGUGUGUGUGCGCGCGCGUGUGCUUAACUUUUGGGCAUUUGCUCCUCCUGGAGCGUUGUGAACUCAGACCUAAAGACUACCACAGCCUCUCUCUUUUUUAGAAGCUAGCUCUGUGCUGUGAAGCAGGAAUGACAUUGCUACCUACCUGUCUGUUUCUUCUCCCCAGGGGACAGAUACUGGGUCUUCAAGGACAAUAAUGUGGAGGAAGGUUACCCCCGGCCCAUCUCGGAUUUUGGCUUGCCGCCGGGAGGCAUCGACGCCGCAUUUUCCUGGGCCCAGAAUGACAAGACUUAUUUCUUUAAGGACACUCUCUACUGGUGCUAUGAUGACCACGAGCGGAGGAUGGAUCCUGGCUAUCCUUUGGAGACCAUGUUGUGGAAGGGGGUCCCCAGUGGGCUGGAUGAUGCCACGCGGUGGUCCGACGGUAAGUGUUAAGCACUAGAUCAAACGGGAGGAGGGAGGGGCUGUACAUCAAGCUGGCGAGACUUCGCCCUGUGCUCAGAAUGCUACAACAUAAAGGCCAGAAUGAGUGUGUGUGCCUCCCAACUUGUAUUUAAUAAUUAAAAUAAUUAACACUGUGUAACUAGCUGCACACGCUUUUGCUGUGGUCACAGCAAACCUCUUGAUGGCCUAAUUGUUUUGAUCCAUGGAUGCAUGAAAUGGCCAACUAUCCAUAUAAAUGGUGGAAGCCCUAGUAUGAGGGAGAAUAAUUAUGCAAUGGAACCUAUGAAGUACAGUCAUACCUCAUGUUGCGUCCGCUUCAGGUUGUGUUUUUUCCGGUUGCGGACUGCCAAAACCUGGAAGUACCGGAAUGGGUUACUUCCGGGUUUCGGCAGUCGCGCAUGCGCAGAAGCACUAAAUCGCGCUUUGCGCACGCACAGAAGCGCCGAAUCACAACCCGCGCAUUCACAGACGCACAGAUGCGGGUUGCGAAUGUGCAUCCCGCACGGAUCACAUUCGCAACUCGAGCAUCCACUGUAUGUGUCUAUCUGCCUUCAGUUUGCAAGUUCAAACUAAAAUUGAAAAAUUUGCAAUACAGUGGUACCUCGGGUUACAUACACUUCAGGUUACAUACACUUCAGGUUACAGACUCUGCUAACCCAGAAAUAGUGCUUCAGGUUAAGAACAGAAAUCGGGCUCCAGCAGCGCGGCGGCAGCAGGAGGCCCCAUUAGCUAAAGUGGUGCUUCAGGUUAAGAACAGUUUCAGGUUAAGAACAGACCUCCGGAACGAAUUAAGUACUUAACCCGAGGUACCACUGUAUUUCAAAUAUGCAUGCAGGGCCUACAACAAAAGGUUGCCGCAUGGAACACAUCUAUGCAGGGUACCGGUCAUGCCCAUUGCCAGGAUACUGCAUUCCAUUCCCCCUCCCAAGGAUCAACCAACAUUCUGUCCUGCAUGCUCAGCCCCUUAACAUUCUCCCCACCCAGAGGUCAGCUAGCAUUCUGUGGCUACUGAGCAUGUUCAUAGGCAUCUGGGCAGCCAAUGUGAGAACAAGAUGCUGGACUAGAUGGGCCUUUGCCCUGAUGCAACAGGACUCAUCCUAAAUUCCCAUAUACUCUACCAUUUAGCUUAUUAUUGUCUAUAGCAGCCUUUCCCAACCUCGGGUCCCCAGAUGUUGUUGGACUACAACUCCUAUCAUCCCUGACCACUGGUCCUGAUAGCUAGGGGUGAUGGGAGUUGUUGUCCAACAACAUCUGUUGACCCACAGGUUGAGAAAGGCUGUUCUAAGGUUCAGACAGAUGUGCCACCCAGCCCUGCUCAGAUGUGCCAGGGGUUGCACCUAGGGCCUUCUGCACACAAGGCUCUGUGCUCUGUCACUGAGCUAUUGCCCUUUCAAUGAAAAGACAGUACGAUUCCAGUCCACAUGUUUCUGAGAAAAGGGAAUGAAUGAAUACGGACAAAGGAAGAGGGAGCACUGUUCUACUUGAGUCUUCCUUGUGGACUUCUCAUAGGCAUCUGGUUGUCCUCUGCAAGAACAGGAGACCAAACUAGAUGAAUCAGGUCCAGCAAGUGGCAUGGACUUGUUGGAUGCAGAGAGGAAUGAUGAGAGGAACCAGCUGGGGAACCAUGAAGGGAAGAAAGCUCGGAGGCCGGGGAGCGGUGGUGGGACAAUGAUGAGUGGUCAGAGGGAGAAGACCAGGAAGAGGAGCUAUUGGAAGCUGAAGGGGUAACAGGGCUCAGUGAGUUGGGGGAGUACAUGGCAGACAGCAGUCGAGAAUCAGAGGCAGAAGCUGAAGCCGGCAAGUGGGAGGAGGGAAGUCAAGAGGCAGAAAUGAAUCAGGCUAAUGAAGAGUCACAAGUGUCCCUCCUCCUGCUGCAACAAGGUCCCCUCUCCCUCUGACUCCCAAAACCAGGAGAGGGAUGAAAUGGGUGGAGUAAAGACGGGCUGCACUCAGGCACAGUCUCUGAUUGCUUGGAAGAAGCCCUGGAGGGGAGGAGACAUAGAUGGCUGUAGGAAGGCAGACUUCUAAUCUCAGCAACUGAUUUCAUGGCGUAGGACCUACAGGGUAUGAGCUGCUGUGCUCAUUAGGUCUGAAACCCAGCCGAGUCUGUGGAAAUCAUGUUCUUCUAAUAACGAGUUAACUCCAGCUUUGAACUGUGUGAUUUACUGACUGACUUGCUCCAUGACAGAUAGGCUCUUCUCAGGUUCCCCUUUUGCUUCCUUUUCCAGGGGCAACCUACUUCUUCAAGGGAAAAGAAUACUGGAAAGUCAUGGACAGUGACUUGGAAGCUGAGCCCGGUUACCCACAAUCCAUUGCCAGAGACUGGCUGGUGUGCAGCGACAUGCAGGCGGAUUCGCCUGAGCCGGCCGAGAGCAGCAGGACAGGGGGCCGGUCCAGGCAGGGGCACCACGACGAGAGCCGCUCCGAGAGCGAAGUCUGCUCCUGCACGUCUUCCUCUCCCGGGUGGCCCUCAUCCGGCUCAGCUCUCAGACUCUGCGUAGGCCUCGCCUUGGCCAGCCUUUGGACAGCGGCACAGCUUCAGAGAUCGCUAUGA